GCUUGGUGAUUGAGCAGCAUAAAAUUACUCCGAAAUCAAACCGAAUUCAGGACUGAGAAUUCCGAUACAAGCGACUGCCACUAAAUUAAAUCCAUCUAUUUUUUUUCAACAAUAGUUAUUUAUUAAUUAAAAUUAAAAUAACAUCUAAACUGAUAUUCAAACAACAACAGAAAUUCUGAACCAGGGAAUUAGGGUUUUGGAUCAGAAUGUCGACUGGCAGGCCCGAGGACGGUGAAUUACAGGCAGUAGCUGCGCCGGAGAAGAAAAAACUGGCGAUUCCUCCACUUCCACGGGCAAGCAUGGGAUCGACGGCGUUGGUGGAGUACACGGCGCCCGUGCUCAAGGAAGAGGAGGAAGACCUAGAGGUGAAGCUUCGAAGAAUACUUGAGAACGUGCCAGUUCGAGUUAGCAAUACCUCCGGUAGUUCUGCUGGUUCUGGUUCCGGUGAUUUUCACCAGUAUCGGCAAAUGAGAGGGAAAGAGCAGGACAGGCUUGCAAGGAUGGAUGCAGACUACCAGAGAAGAAAGGAAAUGGCUGAAUUUACUAUGAGAAGAGAGGAAAGAAUGAAAGCUGCAGAGGAACGCACAGUGAAAAAGCGUUUGAGAAGGCAAAGGAAAAAGGAGAAGAAGACGGAACCAAAUGGUGGUGGAGAAGAGCACCGGAAAGAAGAAUCUUCAGAUGAUGAAGCGAACUCUGAUGAUGGCAAUUAAACAGAAAAAUAACAAGCUUUUUACCCAAAUUUUUUAGUCCGAAGUUAGAUUCAAGCUUGAUUCCUGCCAGAAUCUUUAGAGAGCUAGGGAAAUGACCUCAACUAGCUUUGAAGUUGUGCUCUGACUUCAUAAUUUAUUCGAGUCAGAUUCCCUUGCAUGUCACUCGUGAAGUGCCUCUCCAAAGAGAGAUGCAAUUAGAUUAGGAAAGAGUUAAUUUUGAUUGAAUUCAUUUGCUAUAUUACUUGCUGAAGGACCACCCAAAUGGCCUUGUCAUGUGGAUUGUGUUCUUUCAUCAAAAUGCCGAGUAAAACAUACGAAACGAGUUUCUUCA